CUUGCUCCGUUACUUAUCCAGGCGGGUGUUGCGGCUCAGCUCAGAACCAUGGCCGGCAGAGCCCCGCGGAGUUGAUCCGGUACCCGGUGACGUUAAUAAUAGUAAUAAUAAUGAUGAUGAACUCGCUGCUGUUCGCGGACGGCCUGAUGGAGCCGGGCCCCGGGGCCCCUCCCGGCGCUGCUGCUGUCACCCUCCGCAAUGACUUGGGCUCCAACAUCCAUGCGCUAAAGACCCUGAACGUCCGGUUCCGCUGCUUCUUGGCCCGGGUGCACGAGCUCGAGCGGCGGAACCGGCUGCUGGAGAAACAGCUGCAGAGCCAACGGCAACGGCCCGAGCGGCCCUUCCGCACCUACCACCGGGACCAGGGGGUGCAGACCGAACCGGCCCCGGGGCCACCGCACAGCCGCCUACCCGGGACCAUCUGGAACUUUACCCACGUGCGGAGAACCGGCGGCGGUGGCCUGGAGACCUUACACGGCCCUGGGGUCAGCUGGAGCCACCCGGACGGGGUCGGAGUGCAAAUCGACACCAUCACCCCGGAGAUCCGGGCCCUUUACAACGUGCUGGCCAAGGUGAAGCGGGAGCGAGACGAAUACCGGAGCCGAUGGGAGGAAGAGCUGGCCAAACGGAGGAAUCUCGAGUCGUUGGUGGAGACGUUACAAGAGGAAGCUCAGGAGGCUUAUAACGUCCACGACGAACUCAACGACAAGAUUGAGAGACUGAAAUCCGAACUGGUCGUCUUCAAGGGUCUGAUGAGUGAUCCGCUCACCGAUCUCGACUCUAAGAUCCAGGAAAAAGCAAUGAAAGUGGACAUGGACAUCUGCCGGCGGAUUGAUAUCACCGCCAAGCUGUGUGAUGUCGCGCAGCAGCGCAACUCUGAGGAUGUAUCCAAGAUGUUCCAGGUGGGAACAGUCUCCAAAAAGAGGGAGCGGAAGCCGACGUCGGAGGAGGAAAUGUCGGAGGCAGAUGGGGAUGCCGGCAGGUUCUCCGACGACGAAAUGAUCCCCUCGCUCAACAUCACGGAUGAGAUGAAGAGGGUCUUCAACCAGCUCCGGGAGACUUAUGACUUCGAUGACGACUGCGACAGUCUAACGUGGGAGGAAAACGAGGAAACCCUGCUGCUCUGGGAAGAUUUUACCAACUGCAACACCCUGCCAGGGAGUGCCCCCGAGGCUCAGGGAGGAGAGAACGAGGAGACGCUGGGGAGUUUAAUCCAAGAGACCGAGAGCUUCCUGAAAACGCGAGACAAAGAAUAUCAGCAAACAAUCGAUCAGAUUGAGAUGGAACUGGCCACCGCAAAAAGCGAUAUGAACCGCCAUCUCCACGAGUACAUGGAAAUGUGCAGCAUGAAGAGGGGCCUCGACGUGCAGAUGGAAACCUGCCGGAGACUCAUAAAGGGAUCUGCGGGGAGGGACUCUCCGUCCGUCAGCUCCAUGGCCAGCAGCGACUCAGGAAACUCGGAUGAAAUUGCGGACGAGUUUGAGAAGGACGGGGAGGGCGACGGCGCCGUCAGCUGAUACAUCGGAAUCCCCGUCUCCAUCACCAGGCUGUGACCGGACCCCAGACUUCCCACCCUCUAACUGGUGCUGUAAAUGUCUAUUCUUCUACGGGAAAUAUCAAGAAAAUGUAAAUAGAAUUCUUGAAAAAAAGAAUGAAAAAGAAAAAAAAAAAGUGCUGUUUUCAGUUGUGCCUUUCCCGCUGCUGAGCCACUUCCACAGUUCUGUUCCUAAAACCGCUUUAACGGGCCAGAAACGGUUAAAGAUGUUCUGUGAUUACAGCGCUGCUACGUGUAUUGCUGCUAUUCGCAUCCCAAACUGCGGGUCCGGGGCUUGACUAAAGCGCUUGGUGUCCCCCCGAAACACGAAGGCAAUACGACAGCCUGCGGUUUGGAGUGUGACUAGGAGGAAUACGGAGAGCUUUGCUGUCAAUAAAAUCUACUGAAAGCUAAGUGAACCGAUUAUAUGGUUUAUUGGCACAAAAGGACGGCCCGGUCCUUCUAGAAGCUUCCACUCGAUUGGAACCGUGUCGUCCGAGCGAGGCGGAGCGGCAGCUGUCGGGCAAAGCCGGAAGGAGCACCACGUAGUGCUAUGCAAACGAAUUGCCUUAUUUCAGAUAGAUUCUUUGCCCCUCUGGAAGGGUUAAAGGGGUCGUGCUGAUGGG